GUGCGCCUACGCCGGCCCACCGUUCACUUUGCGCACUCUUGUAUUGACCGUCAAACGCUGCGCGCGUAUAUUAAACAAGAAUUUAUUAUUGUGAAGAGUAAAGUCGUGAUGGAGAAGGAGCACCAGCCAGAUUCCAUGGCUACAAUCACCAUGAAGCCGGAAUACCCGCCUUCUGAAGUUUACAGCGCCUCGGAACCGCCUCCGGCUUACCGCCAAAGGCCGUCAUCAUCAGUACAAAUUGCCCGUAUCGCCGCUUUGACGGUGGUCGCUUCAGCGUUCAUACUGGGCUCCUUCAUUCUGGCCUCCAGUUGGGUGGCAGCACGGGCUUCGUGCCACCAGCUCGAACAGUUGGACGCUAUGCUCGACAAAGAGCUAGCACUUGAGGGACGGUCAUAUGGAAACGACGCGUUAAUGCCUGAGGAGUUGCCAAUUGCGAAUGCUCACGCUCUUCACGCACCUCCACCACCAGUUGUGGACAUCACACCCGUGCCUGCUCAGCCCAAGCCUGCGGCGUUCUCACCAGAUAGUUUGUUGAAGGCGGAUCCUAUUAAUCACGCUGAAUCUAAAGUCGACGAGGACAAACUACAGAAAAUCGACGACGAUAAGACUGACACGGCGAAUUCUGGAAGCGACGAGAGUUCCGAGUCCGACAGCUCCGGCGAGGACGACGAUGACGAUCUGAUUCGCCCGAUGUUCAAGUUACCCAUUCAGUUCGACCUCGACGAACUUGCUGGCGCAUUUUUAGCUAACAACCAAAAAGGCCGCAUGAACUGCGUUGUGGAGAAACGACAAGAGGAACCGGUAGAGAGGCGCUUCCCAUUCAACAUCCUUGGCGCGUUCGCACCACGCAGUGCUCAGGCUGAGCGCAUCGCUAUCAUCUGCCAUGGUGGUGAUGAAAGACCUAUGCCAAUGUUCCCCGAUCCACAGUCGCAAGUAUUCGCGUUCCCGUUAUCAGGCCCAGUGCGCCUGCCCAUCAGACCAGCGCCAAAUCAGGAGCGCGCCGAACCACGUGGGCCUUUUGGCAUGCCACAGAGAAACUCACCUUUCCCGCUACCGAUGCCAUGGGAUUCUUCGGAGGAGCAGAUGAACGGUCCCCGUGAGAUGCGUAUCCACGUGCAACGCGUGUUCGCUAUCCCUUCAUCUCACAACAUGCCCCCUGCUCCCGAGAACAUGGGACCUUUCCAACCCCCUCCACCACCACCGCAGCCCCAGGAAGAUGAGCAACCCGGAGUAAUGACGGCGCCGCGUCAGAUGCGCGUGAUUGCUAUUCCCGCAUCUCACAAUAUGCCACCAACCCAACAGAUGAUGGGUCCCUUCCAACCACCACCACCGCCCCAAGCUCAGGACCAGAAUGAACAAUCAGCUGUUCUCCAUCAAUUCGUCCCACAACCCGCUCCCACACAAGAUAUGGAACAACCCGAAGGCCAGAAGAUGCACAUGGAGGGUAGUCCUAUUCAAAUGAACUUGCCUUGGGACUUGACUCCUGAGGACCUGCACAUGAUCCAUCGCACUGCCCAGGAAGCGGUUGCUAACCAGCGUCGCGAACAACAGAUCGACAAUGACAUGCAGGAGGUGAAGACCAUCGUGAACACUCUAGCAGCGGCCGAAGUUGAGUCUGAGCAGGCGCAAGCCCAAGACAGAGAACAAGUGCCGCGGGCACCUCGCACUCUUCUGCUGCCCCAAGAGAUGCCAGUAGACCAGAGGCCUCAUUAUAUGCAACCUCGCUCUGUGCGCAGCGUAGACUCACUGCUGCAUCGCCAAAAGCGCGUUAAGCGUUGCUCUUGCGACUGCCGUUAAAAGUGCAUAUAUGCGCAAAUCUACAAAGUGUCGCGUAGCUGCGCAAUUAAUGCAGAAAGCGUGACAUUUUCCGUCCAUCCCUAAUAAAGUAGAUUUUGUUACACAUGCGGUUUCGGUUAAUGUAAAUAAAAUUUAUACUUUUAAUA